CAAAUCACGUGGGUACCAAUGAUGACGCUUACGUAAUAUUAGAAGCAAGAUCGAAAAUGAUGUCAACAGAUCCUUAAAUUUGACGAAGUUCAAAUCGACGAACAAGUAUCCUUAAUAUGAUAUUCGGAGCCCCUUCGACUUUACCAUAUAUUCUAACAACUACCAGCGACAAAUUUUCCUCAAGCCACGGAUGCAAGUCGAAGUUAACGCCUUCAUCAUAUUUGUGUAAAAUGUCGGGGCUGCCAACAAGCGUGACCUGGAUACUGCAUGAUAUAGGUCAAGGUCUUGUCAAACCUUGAGACCUGUCUAUAUCUGGGAUCGUCUAGCCGACGAACAACCUCGCAGAACAGAAGAUGGAGCAGUCUGAAAGUGAAAGUAGGACUGUUGUUGUUACCGAGGUGGACCACGUGAGCAUGAAAAAGUCUAUCAGCCUGCUUCACUGUACAGCAAUCCUAAUUUCUGUGACCGGUCAUAUCUCCAUUUUUAUCACGCCGACAGCAAUAUUUCAAUAUUCAGAGUCUGUAGGCAUUUCUCUGCUGAUCUGGUGUGUCGGCGGUAUGAUCAACAUGGGGGUGUGUUUGUGUUUCACUGAGAUGGGAACCAUUUACCCCAAGGCUGGUGGAGGGUAUGCUUAUGUCCUUAAAGUAUUUGGCGAUCUGCCAGGUUUUAUGAUUAUGUACGGGUAUAUAAUAAUGAUCUGUUGUCCAUUCUGGGCAUUUGUCGCGUAUAUCGCAUCAUUGUACACUCUUCAGCCGAUUCAAGGAUGCAGGCCUUCAGAAAUGACUGUCAAAUUACUGGCCGCAUGGAUUUUAGUGACUUUGGUGGCCCUCAACUGUGUCUAUAUGAAGUAUGUGACCAAGGUACAGGCGUUUCUCUCCCUCACCAAAAUCAUUGCUCUCCUAAUUAUCAUAACUGGAGGAAUAGUUCGCCUGAUCCAAGGUGAGACAGAAAACUUAGUAAAUGCUUUCCCAAAGACAGCAGAGAGUCUAGAGGCAGGAAAUUUAGCCAUGGCCAUAUUUUUUUCAAUAUUCACCUACGGGGGAUGGCAGGUUCUCUGUAGUCUAAUGGAAGAAGUGAGAGAUCCGGGGAGAGAUGCUCCUCGAGCUGUGUAUUUGUCCUUUGCCAUUAUCGUCCUGAAAUACAUCCUCACAAACCUCGCUUAUUUCAUCGUUUUGUCACCUCACCAGAUCCUUCAUACAGACGCUAUAGCAGUGAUUUUUACAGACAUGCUGUACCCGCCAAUGACACCAGUCAUUUCCAUCCUCGUUGGGUUGUGCUGUGUGGGAGUCUUAAAUGCCAGCAUCAUGGGACAUUCAAGAAUCUUAUUUGCAGGAGCCAGAAAUGGACACGCCCCUUUGAUACUUGGAACACUACAUGUACGGUUCCUUACACCCUGGGCAGCAAUCAUCGUCAUGAGUGCCUGGUCCCUGGUCAUGCUGGUGACGGGAGGACUGACAACAUUUAUGGAGUUUAUUCAGGUUUUCUCUACGAUCCUCAGUAUAUGUGUCAUAUCUGCUCAGUUGUACUUACGCAAGACCCAACCAGACAUCAACAGACCAUUUAAGGCUAACCUUGUGAUGGCUGUGACGGUUUUGGCUGUCAAUGCGAUCCUGCUGGUAAUGUGUGUGGUCGCUGCCCCUAAAAGGAUUGGUCUUGGUCUUGGAGUGUGGCUAACUGGUAUUCCAGUGUAUAUAGUGUUUGUGCAAUGGAAGUCCAAACCCAAAGGAUUCAACAAGUGUAUGGCAAAGAUCACACGCAGCAUACAGAAGGGCCUUCUGCUGGGAAAGUCAGUAUAGGGUCGUCACAGGUGCCUAACUACAUAAAGCUCCCUUGCUGGGAAAGUUAUUGUGAUAGAAUCACUCUAACUUUCUGGAAAACAUACAAAUACUCAAUUCUUUGUGAAAGUAACUCCUAUGUUUCUUGAAUGAUUUCGAUGAAAGUUAGUUGAAAGGGUUGACGGAUGGCACAAUAGUAACUUGCCUUUCACCUAGGCAGGUGGGACUUGAUUCCUGAUCUAACAUGAAAUGAUAUGGGAUCACCUGACUGACCAUGUGUUUCGUUUUUUCCCCUGGGUAUUCCGGUUUUCUCGGAUACUCCCCUGCCUUAUAAGAUAAGUAUCCCCCAUAAGAUUUGUAUACGGAUACUAAAACUGACCAUGGGAUUUGUAUCCCCC